AUGUCUACAGGGAAACCUCUGACCCCUGUGCAAAGGCAAUGUCUCAAAUUUGCUCUAGAGCAUCGCAAGGGGAUCAGGCGACUCCCGACGUGGAUGACCGACAAAUAUCUGCGCAAAGGCGACUGCCCGUUGUUCCAUUAUGGAAUCCCUCUUCCCGUCGACAUGCUUAUCGACUAUGGCGCUAAAAACGGAUUGCUCGACGAUGUUACUGACCGUAUUGCGUGCUUCCGUGCCUACCCGCACAUAGUCUCUCUCCUGGCAGAACGUUGUCAUGCUCCUGUAAAGUAUGCCACGGUUUCGCAUCCUCGUCACUUUGGCGUGGUCGCCCUACACAACAACUUCAACGUCAACCGAUUUCGGCGUUCGUCGUAUGAUGAAGAGAUGAUCCUCAAGAACAUCAGAGAUGAACUCGGGCUCUCACCGAACUCGCAGCCCCUUUGGUAUUAUGAUGCCAACGUUCCUCGAACGGAAGAUCUAGACACGAGGCAUACAAUUCCAAAGGUGGUAAUGCGACACGUGAAGAAGAAGUUCGGCAAAGCAUACCUAUAUGAUACCGCUGAUCUCGAGUCUUCGGAUGAAGAGCUGAAGGCGAAGCUAGGUCCGGAUUUGGACAGCGAAUUCGAGGCGGAGGACGAAGAGGACGAAGAGAGUGGAACAGAGAUGGGAUCUUGCGACGGCGAAUCACCUGAGACGGAGGCGUCGGAUGUCGAGAACGCAAUGAAGACAUGA